AGUUUACCCCUCCCUCGCUCUAUCUCUCCGAGAAGGAAAGUCGUGUGUUGCCACGGCGUGUCAGAUCGGUUCUGAUCCAACCGGUUAAUAAGGUUGAAAAAUGGCGGAUAUUUUAGCACUUUUCACUUCCAUAGGUCUCAGUGAGCAGAAAGCGAAAGAAACCCUAAAAAAUGAAGCGCUGAGUUCCGCUCUGAAGGAGGCAAUUAUUCAGGCCCAUCUUGUCCGUGGGGCAUCAGGAGUGGACAAAGCCAUGGGUACACUGCUGUACAGUAUGGCAUCUCGCCUUAAAGACCCGAAACGCGUGGGAUUUCUUUCAGACUGUAUAGUUCAGAGCAAAAUCUGCACAGAGCUGCAGCUAGCAGCUGCACUGGAAUUUGUUAAGAGUCACCCUCAGGACCCCAUCAACCAGAAGGAGUUUGAAGACACAUGUGGAGUAGGCGUGUUCAUAACACCUGAGCAGAUUGAAGAAGCAGUUGAGUCUGUGAUCAAGAAGCACAAGGAAAAGCUGUUAGUGGAGAGGUUCUACUUCAACAUGGGACUGCUAAUGGGAGAGGCACGUUCUGCCCUAAAAUGGGCUGAUGGAAAGGUCAUCAAAAAUGAAGUUGACUUGCAGGUCCUACACCUCUUAGGACCCAAGACUGAGGCUGACCUGGAGAAGAAAGCUAAGCCUCAGAAGGUUAAAGUCGCAGAGAAUGAUGUAAAGGCGAAGAAGGAGGAAGGGGCAGUGAAUGCUGAGGUGAAGACUGGGGAGGUGAAGUCACUUAUGGAGCAGCUCCGAGGAGAGUCACUGAAGUUCCAUAAAACAGGAGAGAACUAUAAAAGUGAGGGCUAUGUGGUCACACCAAAAACAAUGGACUUGCUUAAAACGCACAUGGAAAUCACUGGCGGACAGAUACGUACUCGUUUCCCUCCUGAGCCAAAUGGUAUCCUUCACAUUGGGCAUGCCAAAGCCAUCAAUUUUAAUUUUGGCUAUGCAAAGGCAAACAAUGGAAUUUGUUUCUUGAGAUAUGACGACACAAAUCCAGAAAAGGAGGAGGAAAAAUACUUCACUGCUAUCAGAGACAUGGUGGAGUGGCUUGGAUAUGAACCUCAUGCGGUCACACAUGCAUCCGACAACUUUCAGGAACUCUACGACCUCGCUGCGGAUCUCAUUCGCAGAGGUCAUGCCUACAUUUGCCACCAGAAAGGGGAGGAACUAAAGGGCCAUAACGCUCCUGCAUCACCCUGGAGAGAUCGACCCACAGAGGAGUCGCUGGUGUUGUUUGAGAGGAUGAAGAAGGGGCUGUUUGCUGAGGGAGAGGCUACGCUCAGGAUGAAGAUCGUCAUGGAGGACGGGAAGAUGGAUCCCGUGGCGUACCGAAUCAAAUACACGGCGCAUCAUCGCACAGGAGACAAGUGGUGCAUCUACCCCACUUACGAUUACACCCACUGUCUAUGUGACUCUAUUGAAAAUAUCACACACUCACUCUGUACCAAAGAGUUCCAGGCCAGGCGUUCAUCAUAUUUCUGGCUGUGUAACGCUUUGGAUGUGUACUGCCCUGUCCAGUGGGAAUAUGGACGUCUAAACCUUACAUACACUGUUGUGUCAAAGAGGAAAAUCAUCAAACUGGUAGAGACUGGCAUUGUCAGUAACUGGGACGACCCUAGACUCUUCACUCUGACUGCGCUCAGGAGAAGAGGUUUCCCACCAGAGGCGAUUAACAACUUCUGUGCCCGGGUUGGAGUCACAGUUGCUCAGACUACGACAGAGCCCCACCUUCUGGAGUCGUGCGUGAGGGACGUGCUGAACGAACAGGCACCCAGAGUCAUGGCUGUGUUGGAGCCACUCAAAGUCACCAUUACUAACCUCGCUGAGAACGCAAAGUCAGACGUACGAGUGCCAGACUUUCCUGCCAACGAGGCCAGGGGCAGCCACACGGUGCCUUUUACACGCACGAUCUUUAUUGAACAGAGUGACUUCAGAGAGGUGAUGGAGAAGGGCUACAAGCGUUUGACCCCCGACCAGCCUGUAGGUCUGAGGCAUGCUGGGUAUGUCAUCUCUGUCCAGAAAAUCAUCAAAGAUGCUCAGGGUAAAGUGGUUGAACUGGAGGUGAACUGCUGCAGUUCUGACACUGCAGAGAAACCAAAGGCCUUCAUCCACUGGGUCAGCCAGCCAUUAGUGUGUGAAGUGCGCCUCUACGAAAGACUAUUCCUGCACAAAUAUCCAGAGGAUCCGUCUGAAGUGCCCAAUGGCUUCCUGACUGAUAUCAAUCCUCUUUCCAUGCAUACUAUCAGCAGUGCCUUAGUAGAUACUUCAGUGAAGGGAGCAAAGGUUUUGGACAAAUUCCAGUUUGAGAGAGUUGGCUACUUCUCCCUGGACCCCGACAGUACAGCAGAUAAGCUCGUCUUCAACAGAACAGUCACCCUCAAAGAAGACCCUGGGAAAAUCUGAUUGACUGAGAACAAGCCACACUUCCUGCUUCCCAUGAGCCCACAGAUACAUGUCCACAUUGUUUGCAUCAUUUAAUGUGUAACAACAGCAAGGGGACAAACAGCUUAGGCUGAGAUUGACUCAAAUCAGAUAUUGUAUGCCGAUAUCCCUAAACUGAAGUUUUGUUUGUUUUCUAAAAACAAAAAUUAUGUUUCUUGAUUGUCAGCUGUGAAAACAACUUUCUGCAGUGUCACUCAGUCAAUGUCAGAAUCCAUUUGAACUCUUUCUACAAUAGCUGCAAUAAUAUUUACUUAGUGUUUGUUCUUUGAUGAAUGUAUGCAUUUUUGAUCAUUGUUCAAAAAAGACCUGAUGUUUUUUAGGUUAAUAUUGCCUCUAAGCUGGUGUUACACAGAAGAGAUGCUCACAAUAGCGUACAUGACUUCCUUGCAAAGAUGGUAUAACACUGCCAAACCAUCAUGUUUUUUUUAAGACUCAGGGGGUAACAUGUGUCCUUUUGACAGGAGAAAAUAAUAAAUAAUACCAAAAUAA